GCGGCAGCGGCAGCGCUGGUGGCCGGGCCGCGGCGGCGGCGGCGGCGGCGGCGAGGGCGAGGGCGAGGGCGCAGGGCGCGCCGCCAUGGGCCUGGCCGGGCUGCAGGCAGGAAGAUGUCCAAGCCCCGCGCGGUGGAGGCGGCGGCGGCGGCGGCGGCGGUGGCAGCGACGGCCCCGGGCCCGGAGAUGGUGGAGCGGAGGGGCCCGGGGAGGCCCCGCACCAACGGGGAGAAUGUAUUUACCGGGCAGUCAAAGAUCUAUACCUACAUGAGCCCGAACAAAUGCUCUGGAAUGCGUUCCCCCCUUCAGGAAGAGAACUCAGUUGCACAUCACGAAGUCAAAUGCCAGGGGAAGCCGUUAGCCGGAAUCUACAGGAAACGCGACGAGAAAAGAAACUCUGGGAAUGCAAUACGAAGCUCCACGAAGGCCGAGGAACAGAAGAUCAAAGACGCCAGGAGAGGUCCCCUGGCCCCUUUUCCAAACCAAAAAUCUGAAGCAACAGAACCUCCCAAAACCCCGACCUCGUCUUGUGAUUCUCCCAAUGCAGCUGCUGCCAAGCAAGCCCUGAAAAAGCCCGUCAGGGCCAAACAGGCUCCCAGGAAAAAAGCUCAAGGAAAAACGCAGCAGAAUCGUAAACUCACAGAUUUCUACCCUGUUCGAAGGAGCUCCAGGAAGAGCAAAGCUGAGCUGCAGUCUGAAGAAAGGAAAAGAAUAGACGAAUUGAUUGAAAGUGGGAAAGAAGAAGGAAUGAAGAUUGACCUCAUUGACGGCAAAGGCAGGGGCGUGAUCGCCACCAAGCAGUUCUCCCGGGGCGAGUUUGUGGUGGAGUACCAUGGGGACCUCAUCGAGAUCACUGACGCCAAGAAGCGGGAGGCUCUGUACGCGCAAGACCCCUCCACGGGCUGCUACAUGUACUAUUUUCAGUACCUGAGCAAAACCUACUGCGUGGAUGCAACCAGAGAGACAAAUCGCCUGGGAAGACUGAUCAAUCACAGUAAAUGUGGGAACUGCCAAACCAAACUGCACGACAUCGACGGCGUGCCUCACCUCAUCCUCAUUGCCUCUCGCGACAUCGAGGCUGGGGAGGAGCUCCUGUAUGACUAUGGGGACCGCAGCCGGGCUUCCAUCGAAGCCUACCCCUGGCUGAAGCAUUAACCCCACGGCCCCGCCCCUCCCCCCUCCCUUCUUCAAUGGACAAAGUGCCCUCAAAGGGAAUUGACUUUUUUUUUUUUUUUUACACAUUUAAUCUUAGCAGAUUACUUCAGAUGUUUUUAAAAAAGUAUAUUAAGAUGCCUUUUCACUGUAGUAUUUAAAUAUCUGUUACAGGUUUCCAAGGUGGACUUGAACAGAUGGCCUUAUAUUACCAAAACUUUUAUAUUCUGGUUGUUUUUGUACCUUUUUUGCAUACAAGUCGAACGUUUGUGCUUCCCGUGCAUGCAGUCAAAGACUCAGCACAGGUUUUAGAGGAAAGAGUCGAACACGAGCUAGGAAGCUGGGCGAUGCGCCUGCGUCCACCCGAGGAGCCAGGACUCUCUCCCCUCCUCGCCCCCGACGUCCCAGUGCCAGGCGGGCGCGAGGAAGAGCUGCCUCCCCACGGCCUGGACGGGAUGUUCCCAAGCUCUUGUUUUCCUGACAUCUCGACAGGCGCACACGGAAGUGUAUAUUUUUUAAAAAGGUUUCACAGUAAGAUAGUCUUCCCCUCUGCUUUCUCGAAAGCUUACUGACCCGGUGGCUCACGGGCCGGGCCUAGAUUUACUCUUCCACGGGCUGCCGCUUUUCUGGGCACCUCGAAGUGUCAGGGCGGGGAAUCAAAGCAGAUGUGGGCAGGGACAAGCACUGCUUACCUAGCCCUGCCGGGCAGGGGUUCCCGAAACUGGGUUAAUUUCUUUAUAGAAAUGUGAACACUGAGCUUAUUUUAAAAAAAAAUAAUAAAAAACAAAAAAGAAAAAAAACAAACCACAGAAGACAACUUACAUGUAUAUAGGUCUUGAAGUGAGUGACGUGGCUGCGUUUUUGUUUGGGGUUUAUUUUUAGUUUGGCUUUUUUUCUCCCCCUUGGUUUUGUUUCUGUAGAAGAGAUUUGAGAUGGUACACUAUUCUAAUCAAAAAUAAAGUUUUGUAGUGCGACCAGAAA